AUGGACGGUCCGGUUCCAUUCUAUCCUGGGGAGUCAGAGCUGCCGUCGCCGCUUGCGCCGCUUCGAAUGAAGCUCCGGCCGACGUCAACAAGACGUCUGCGAAAGCGUCGCUCGCACAAGUCUCCUGAGGCGCCGCAAACUCCGAAAGUCCGAAACCUUCACGCCAGUCAUUCUUCUGAUUUAGACGGCACAACGCAGUUGCAGCAGGAGCAGGACUGCGGUCCCGGGUUCGGAUUUCCUGUGGCAAGCCCUUUUGAGCUGCCAGAGCUCCCCCUGGCACAUGACGACGAGGAAAUCGAAAGUGCCCAAAGACUAGCGACCCUCUUGCUCAGCGCGGGCCGAACAGUUAACCUGCGGUUCAAUGUGGUCAAUCCGGUGCGGCCGGGUCUAGAUGGUAGUCUGAAGUUGCGCAUUCUGCGCUCUACUCAAAGUCGAAUCGAUACGGUUCGGGCCAUGUUCUCGCUCAAAUACAAAUGGCUCGAGGCUAGUCAACAAACAGAAGGAGCACACCCGGGCGUAGAAGGUGUGUACAACCCACUACAGGUGAUUAGGAACCGCUUAAUUCGUACGAAAAACCACGAGUCGGCUCCAUACACCGCGUUCAAAAACUUUCCUCUUCCAUGCAAUGCUUUCAGCUCACACAAUCGGGCGGGUGGCCGCUGGUCUAUGACCUGGGGCAUAGAAUUGAGUGAGCUAGUCUACGAUAUGUCGUGGCGUCAGCUGCACUGGCACGAACUUAAAGGGCCCAAGGGCGAGUUGUGGUUUCCCCAGGAAAGGCUCCAUGAGCGUUUAUGGCAGACUCAGUUUCUCUCACCAAGUCACCAUAAUGAUGCUCUAAGCAACAGGCCUGAGUCAGUGAGAUCAGGGACAACGAGAGCUAGCAAAGGAAGUCUUCCCCGAAAUAAAUCCGGCAUCAGCCUUUAUCCAGAUGUUUACGCGGAGCUGGGAGGUGCCAACAGCAGCGGAGCAAGCGGCGGAAGCGGUGGAAGCACAGUUAUGCAUACUGGAGCUGGAACCAGCAGUGGCAGCAGCAAUAGCGGAAACGCUACGGGCCCUAAUUCCUCUGCCAUCACCACACCCAAUGGAGCAGUAUCAGACACUAUUGUUGCCAACGGUUCUCCCAACGGUGCCGUAUACGACGUUUCCAAUAACACUACGAACGAUGCGAUAGCGAAUGGCAACGGAACUUACAAUAGCCUUGGUAUCGGUGGUGUUAGUUCCAAAAACGCCAGUGCUACAAAUAUUGGCAACAGUUCCAACGUUUCUACAAAUGGAACUACUGGGGGUUCAACUAAUAACUCCAGCUACAAUGGUGGUCUGUCAUUAGGAGGGCUGGGGAACAGCUCUCUAAGUGUUGGAAUAGGCAAUGCCAGCACAGGAACCUUAGCCAAUGCCAGCAUGAACGCUAGUCUCAGCGCUUCCAACGGUGGUACCAUAACGUCCAGCAAUAAUCUUGUUACGAACAACUCGAAUACAGGUACCAACAACACUAGCAUUGGUACUCGGGCCAGCACUAUCCCUAAUAAUGGUCCCCGCGCUCCGCCUAUCAUCAUCAUUGGAAACGACAGCACUGAGGAACUCAGUGAAACUGAACGUGUGCUCGAUGUGCCGUUUAGUCCCUUGCAUCUGCGUUCAGCUCUGAACCAAGCUGUCAAUGAAGAACCACCUCCUUCUGAGGAGGUUUCUGACUCCAUCCCGCCAGGACUUGCUCGCCAUUUACGUUUCUUGGCCAAAGUAAUCGCGGUGAAUACAAACUUCUUGAACUCAGUCUACCCGCAGAUGCUAGAAGCAAUAGAGCUUCGACUUCGUGCAGUGAUUGAAAACGAUAUUCACGCAUUGCUUAACCUUGAAGUGGAUGUCAUCGAUAAUGUCUUUCCAUCACACGAAGCCAUCUACAGUGGGUUUUUGGGCGAAUGCAAAUCCUUAAUCCACAUGGCUAAUGUUAAUUAUGCGGUAAAAAUAGACCACCUCCUUGGUUCGACAGACCGGUCCAUCGGUGAAAUCAACACGUCGCUAGCAAUGGAUUUGCGUAAAGCCAGUGAACGCUUAGAUCGGCUAAAUGCACUGUUUUUUGGUCAGCCCCGGCUCCACUCUACCAGCGAGCAUCGUACGCUUUACGCAAUCCUAGAGAAUGCCAUUGUGAUUACCUUGCGUCUUGUAUGGGUUAUCGUGAACUUGUACAAAUCGGUUCUUACAAUACUUCGCUUUUUUUGGCGAAUUCUAGGGUGGCUCUUCUGA